AUGCUGCUAACUCACUUGAAAAGCUUGUCUUUAAACUUUUUAAGGAUAAGCAAAUUCUUUGAAUGGGCUAACAUCUGCGAUAAGUUCGAGGAAAUUCUUAAUCAUUCUCUAGUUGCAAGAUCAACUCCCCAAAGCCUUUGGAAAGCGUCAGAAAAAACCAAGCUAAAAAAUCAGUCAGGCUGUAUAUCUCUGAAAUGCUUUAUUUUCACUCACUAAAUCCUCCGUAAGCAUAAAAUAAUUUUGCUUGCUCAAGAUUUCAUUAUAAUAAUGAUUAAUUAUAUGUUAAAAUAUUUUUUAUAAAAGAUAUAAGAAAUUUUUUAUUUCACCCAAAAAACUAGAAGCUCUCACGGAGGGAGUAA